AUGUCCAAUACAAUUGAUAUUGGUAAUUUUUGUGAUUUACCGCUUUACAAUUUAACGUUUAAAUUAGAUACAACUGUAAUUGAUUCAUGUCCACCAUUGAAUAUUGCUCUUCGAAGUACAUCUACGAUCUUAUCGAAUGAACAUCUUCUCACUAAUUUUGCGACACAUUUUUUACCGUUCAAAGAACAUGACGGUAGAUUUCCAAGUUCGGUUCCUUCAUAUCUCAUGGAAAAGAUGAAGAUGACCUUUACUAACGCAAAUGUUCCAACAAUCAUUUUAUCAAGUGAGGAAUUUCUUGAUGUACCAAUUACUUGCGCAAUAUAUGGCUCUUACAAAGGUCGUCAAAGAGAAAAUGAUGUCAAUAUUAUUUAUCUUAAUAAAGAACUGAUUGAUUGCUCAAAAUUAAGCGAUCUUCCACAAGAUAUCAUUAAAUAUGCAUCUAUAAUUUUGUUUACAAUUUUGCACGAAUUAGGCCAUUGGACUUUUCAUCAUUUUAGUUGUGCAUUGGACCAUGACUUGGCAACUCCUAAAGGUGUUCUUAUGGAAGAGGCUGGCGAAGCUGUAGAAUUUCUAAUGUUUGGAUUCAAAAUACAACACUAUGGACCCCAAGAACCCAAAUAUAUGGUAACAUACGGUGGAUUGGUUAUUGAUAAAUAUUAG